AUGAAUAUUCAUUCUUUGGCAAUAUUCUAUAUUAUUCCUUUCUAUGAUUCCAGACAUGCUAAAAGGAAGCUAGAUGACUACUCAUUCUUUGGCAAUGUCCUUCAUGUGAGCUAUGCCCCAGAGUGGGAGAGUGUGGCUGAGACCAGGGAGAAACUACAACAAAGGCGCAAAGCCAUAGCUAUUAGGACCAGAAAAAGUGAACCAUCCAAAACAAAGAAUCCAGAGUCAUUGGAUAUAGAUAAGGAUGAGACCACAACAGCAGCUUUAAGUGAGUCAACUAAUGAGCAUGGAGACAACUGUCAACAAAAAAUUGAUGAAGUUACUGAACAUCAAUCUGUUACUGAUCAGCCCAGAAAUAAUGAAGAGUAUUUUCAGCAUCAGCCUCAUCCUAGUGAACAAUUUCCCACACAUGCUCCUCAUGGAAAUGGAUGGGAGAAUCACUGGAGGUCCCAUAUGCUACCUCCUCCAAAUCUCCCAUGGUCACUUGGUGAUCAUUCAAGGGUUCCUUUUUGUCCAAGAGUUCCACCUUUCUAUCCCCGAGGAAGUUUAAGACCACCCCCAUGGCCAUGCAGAGAACAAUACCCCUCUCUACCUGCCCCUCCAAGGCAUGGUGUUGCUCCCCCAAGGUCAUAUAAACAAGAUAUCGACCAUGCUAGAGUACCAUCCUCACACUCAACAUUACCUAAGGACUUUCAACCAUACAAUGAUUCAGAAAAUAAAAUCAACCAACAAACGGAAACUGCUCAAACAAAUAAUACUGAAGGAGUCAAAGAAGAUAAUGUCAGGGAUUUACAGCAGAAACAGCCAAGACAGUUAAAGGAAAAUGAAAAAUUAGUCGAUGGAUUAAUUAUUAGAGAUGUUAAAACUAAAUCUGCUGGGCUAAAGUUUGUGCCAAGGCAAGCAGUGAAACACAAACACUCAGAUUCAGAGGGUAAGAAAAAAGACAAAGAAACUGAUAAUGUGAAUAUCGAGUUAAGAAGAAAUGCAUUUGUUUUGGGGGCAAAGGCAGGACCUCUGGCUCUCUCUAAUAGCGAAAUAAAAGCAGAGAAAGUAUGUCAGGAAUCUGUUCAUAAGACAAGGCAGGCAAUACGAGACAAGGUCAAAUCGGUUUUUGUUGAUACCAUUGUACAACCUCCAAGGAAAAAGAAAAAAUAGACGUUGUUCUAAGUUAACAAGUACAUAGCAAUGGACACGUACAAGCAUACGUGCUAAACAAGCCAGCUGAUGGACAUGUUGUUCAAGUGUAAAUGUUAACUUAUAGGCAUGUUGUUCAAGUGUAAAUGCUAAACCAUACACCUUAUGCACAUGUUGUUCAAGUGUAAGUGCUAAUCAAGUCAUCUUAAGGACAUGUUGUUCAGGGGUAACUGUAAAGCAGUCAUCUUAUGGACAUGUUUUUAAGUAUAAGUGUAAAAGUAGACACCUUAUGAACAUGUUUUUAAGUUUAAGUGUAAAAGUGGACACUCAUGGACAUGUUUCAAAGUGUAAGUGGCCACCUUAUGGACAUGUUAUUCAAGUGUAAGUGCAAAAGCAGACACCUUACGGAUAUGCAUUUAAGUGUCAGUAUGAAAGCAGCCACCUUGUGGACAUGUUCAAGUGUAAAUGCUAACUUAUAGGCAUGUUGGUCAAGUGUAAGUGUAAAAGGAGACAACUUAUGAACAUAUUCUUCAUAUAAGUAAACAACAAGCCAUCUUAUCUGAGGGACAUGUCAGAUUUUGUGAUUGUUCUAAUCCCUCAUAUAUUAAAUAGGUGGUUGUUCAGGUAAGUAAAUCAUAUUGAAAAAUGAUGCUAUGUUGAGCAUUGUAAUCUAGACUAGAAGGCUAAUAAUAAUUCAUUUAUAUAUACAGAUUGAGCCAUUAAAACUGUACAAUGCAUCUUAAUUUUAUUCAUCAGACCGAUCACAUAGGUGAACCAUGUGUAACACACCAUAAGAAGAAUUCAUAUGUCACUCAUCUUAAAUGCAUUUUGAUUAAUUGUCAUAUUUCACUUCAACAGAAUUUGUUCAUAACAGUGAUGAGAUCUAUGAAGAAGAUGUUCACCAAUUUCCUAUCAGCAAUAAAAGUUGUCAAUCAGUAAAAAGUUUAUACUUUACAUUUUAAUGCCAUCCUAAGAUAACUGUGUGCAAAUCAUUAUUUUAUCCCCAAAUUGUUUUGGUAUAAGGAUGUGCAACCCUUGUUCCUUCAUAACUCAGUCUCAUUUUAACAAAUAAUCCCCAAUAUUCUGCCUCUUCAAAUGUCAAAUUGCAUGUGUAUCCCAGAUAAAUGUUGAUAAAUGUUUUAAAAAGUCACAAUAUUUAUAGCAUACGGUUCUUAAUAUAUGCAGAAACUGUCUAGCCAUCUUAAAUGACAAUAGUAUUUUGGUAUCAUGCAUUUUUUGGCCUAUCCUAUAUAUAACUAGACAUUAGAAAUUCAUUUUCAGACUCCAGUCUGAUGGCAAUUUUUUUGAUGAGAUACGCCAGUAUCUAUUUUUAAAUUAUUGGACCAGGUGCCUGGCUGCUUGAACCUCUGAUAGCCUAAUGACCAAUGAUGACAGAUUAACCACAGACCACAUGCUUCAAAUUCUUGGGUCUGUUCUCACUGGGAAGCAGGUCAGUCUCAGAGGUUCUGGCAAGCAAAGCAAAUGUUAGCUAAGUUUCGUGAUGUUUUAAAGGGUGACGCAUAUCG